UUUUUUUUAGAUUUUCAGACCAAUUAAAUUAAACUGGAUAAUUUUACACAGCACAAUGAACAAAAUGAAUAUGCUUAUUUCCUCUCUGCAGCUAAGUGGCUUUGUGGAGAAGUACACAGGAUCAGGUAUGAACCUACACCCCCAGAGUAGCUCUAACAAGGACAACCGACGAACGGAGGGGUUAAACCGCUACCUGAAAACACUGCAGAGCAACGAAAGCACAGCUCCAGUGGCCUCACCUGACCAGCAGGAGUCUGUAGAGGCAGAGAAAGCACUGUCUGCCUCUCCUCUAAUGCAGCUCGAGACAUUCUUUCUUGCUUUCACCAACAGCAACACCGACGGCAGAGUGGUGAUACAGAGACAUGGUAUAUUUUCCACAAAAUGAAAAAGCGCAUACAAACACUUCUAUAUGAUUCCUAUAUUC